AUGUGUGUUCCUUAUGAAGAAACAAAAGACGGAUUCGAAAUGCAACUUGCGGUCAAUUACAUAGGACACUUUCUUUUGACGAAAUUGUUGCGACCGAUCCUUGUCACUACAUCCAAAUUAGCACCCAAAGGAGAGGUGCGGAUCGUAAAUGUAUCAAGCGACGGACACGUAAAAUUGGCACCGAAACAGGGGAUCGUGUUCCCCGAAAUGAACAUGAAGGAAUACACCGUUUGGACUCGCUACGGACACUCAAAGCUUGCCAAUGUGUUGCAUACAAAGGAGCUGGCGAAGAGGUAUGGAGAUAUUCUGUCAAUAUCUCUGCAUCUCGGAACAGUGAAAACGUCAGCAUUGCUCGAUAAGAGGGACUGA